AUGGGCCUCUUUCGCUCGCGCAAGAAUAAGACUUCAGGGGAACCUAGCACUGUCCCACUCGAGGAAUAUGAGCAGGCAGACGAGUCGAUGAGAAAAGCCGAGACUGUGGCUGCUGUCAGAGAAACCUCUUCGGUCGACAAGGGCACAGUAUCAAAAGUAGAAGAAGCCAGCGCUGCUGCUCCUGAAGCCGAAGAUGAAUCAAAGUAUCCCACCGGUCCAAAGCUUUGGUUGCUUGUACUGGGCCUCGCUCUUGCUAUUUGGGUAAUUGCGUUGGACAACUCAAUCAUCGCAACAGCAAUUCCAAAAAUCACGACUCAAUGGCCCGAUGCACUAAAUGACGUCGGCUGGAUCGGCUCUUCCUACUUGCUCACCACCACAUCGCUGCAACCAUCCUUCGGCAAGGUUUACACCUACUUCGAUGUCAAAUGGACCUAUCUGUCGGCACUGAUCAUUUUCGAAGUCGGUUCAGUCAUUUGUGCAGCAGCCAGUAGCUCCACAAUGCUCAUCGUUGGCCGAGCGGUUGCUGGUGUGGGAGCUGCUGCUCUCUUUUCUGGAGGCAUGACUAUCAUUGGCUUCAUCGCUCCUCUGCGGAAGCGUGCUAUCUACAUUGCAUCGUUGUCUAGUAUGUUUGGCAUUGCCAGUGUGGUUGGACCUUUGUUAGGAGGUGUUUUUACUGAUCAUGCAACAUGGAGAUGGUGCUUCUGGAUCAACCUUCCGUUUGGUGGCAUUGGCCUUGCUACAGUAUUUUUCUUCUUUGAGAACCCAGAAAGAAGACACACGAACAUGACCUUCAAGGAAAAGAUCAAACAGAUUGACCUCCUGGGCGCCCUCUUCUUGAUCUGUGCCAUCGUCUGCCUGCUGCUCGCCCUGCAGUGGGGUGGUACAACAUAUCCGUGGAGUGACAGCAAGGUUUGGGGUUGUCUACUUGGCUUCGGAUUGUUGAUCUCGAUCUUCAUCGCUCUACAAAUCAAGCUAGGAGAUCGAGCUACUCUGCCACCUCGCAUUCUGGUCAAGAACCGUACAGUCUUGGUCUCUGCACUUUACGCGGCUUUUUUCGCCAUGGGAAUAUACACCCAUAUAUUUUAUCUGCCGUUCUACUUCCAAGCAGUAAAAGACACCUCGGCAGAAGGCUCUGGGAUCAGAUGUAUCGCGUACCUCGUUUCUAACACGCUUGCUUCUGUUGUCGUUGGAGGCACCAUCACUGUAAUCGGCUAUUACGCACCAUUCAUGUGGUUCGGAGCCGCUAUCUUCACCGUCGGUGCUGGCAUGCUCUAUACUCUCCAAGUUGCCUCUCCUGCCGCCAAGUGGAUAGGCUAUCAACUGCUUGCUGGUAUUGGUUCCGGCUCUGCGAUCCAGAUUCCGUUUAUCGCUGUACAGGUGGUCUUGGAUGAAAAGGACAUGCCUUCGGGAAACGCCAUUGCGAUCUUCUUUAACAGCUUGGGAGGUGCCAUCUCCAUCUCGAUUGCACAAAACAUAUUUGCCAACACGCUGGUCAAGGACAUUAUCAAGAAUGCACCUGGAGUCAACCCAGCUGCUGUGGUCGCUGCUGGUGCUACGCAUGUCAGAGAGGUAGUUUCGGCUGCGCAAUUGCCAGGUGUAUUGCAGGCAUACAGUCAUGCCGUGACGUCUGCGUUUGUCUUGCCUAUUGCAACCAGCGGUCUGGCGUUUAUUGUCAGCCUGUUCAUCGAGUGGAAGAGUAUCAAAGGCAAGAACAUUAUGGGUGGUGGAGCUGCUUGA